UCUCUCUUUCUCUCUCUCCUCCAGAGCUGCAUCCCGUUAUCUGGGCGGAGAGAGAGCGAGAGAGAGGCUUACCACACACUGUCUCUGUUCUCAGCCUCAGCUGCAUGAGCAGGAACCGGCCGGACAGUGAAGAGAGGAGGGGAGGACACCUCGGAACAAAGCGGGAUUAUUAACACAUCUCCAACACUCACACGCUGGAGGACAGGACAACACUUGGCCGUUUCAUUGGACUCUUACUGCUUCCUGGUCCUGUUGCGCUCCGGGGGCUCCGGCGGUAGCUGCAGAACAGGAUCUCCUCCCUUUGUGUUGCUCUGCGGUUGUUUACUCACACUCCUCCACUCCACAACUUCUGCCUCCUCCUCUGUUCCCCCAGAAACAGGAGGUUUCAUUUCUGCUUUUCUUGUUUCCGCCUAAACGGAAUGAAUGACAAAAACAAAGGAGGUUGAUGUCCAUAACCCCGCGGCUCACCUCGCCUUCGCCUCGCCCAAGGAACGGAGACUCCAUCUCCGGCAGAAGAUGGAAAGCGGAGGCGGGACGGAGGGCUGCGAUAGCGGGCACUCGCAGCACGCGGUGCCGGGGCAGCAGCAGCAGAAUCCCCGGGAGGAGACCACGGAGCUCCCUGCGGUGCUGUCCGCUCAGCGUUCCGGCGAGAAGAAGAAGAAGAUAAACCGGGCUCCGUCGCCGGCCAGACCGAAGGAUGUACCCGGGUGGUCGCUCACGAAGAUCCGCGGCGGCAUUGGGACUCCGACCCUGAGCGUCAAGCCCGGAGCGAUCCACCUUGGGAGCCGCAUUUCCAGGCGCAGCCCCGUGGGGAGUCUCGCGGGAAAGGACGGCAGAGCGGAGAAGAGCGGUGGCGGAAAAACGGCCGGAAAAUCUGCCGCGUUGUCCAAGAGCUCUGCGUCCAAGACGGCCAAAAGCACCGGGGGGAGGAGGAAGGUGUCGGACGCCAGCAUAGGAUCGGACGAUUUAUCCAAGGACUCCGGCUGUGCCACUGGGAAGCUCUCCCCGACCGACAGCAGCUCCGAGCUCUCGGACUGCGCCUCCGAGGAAAACAAGCUCUCAGCGGACGCUGCGAGCAGCGACGCCGAGUCGAGGAGCAGCCGAGGCGGCGGGCCGGACGGAGAGAGGCCGCUACGGAACGGCGCUUUGUCGGAUAGAGGUGGACAACAUGCCACCGCCAAUAAGACCACCUGCUCAGCGGGGGAGAGACACGACAAGGACCGGCUCUCUCUUGGCGUGGAGACCGGGGAAGGGAGCAUAUCCCCCGGCGAGGAGCGCUCAGUCACCUCGUAUGACAGCAGGGUGCCAGCGAGCACAUCCCUGGCUUUCUCCGACCUGACAGAGGAGUUCAUGGACGGCAUGCAGGAGGAGUUUGUGAGGGAGAUAGAAGAGUUGAGGUCGGAGAACGAUUACCUCAAAGAUGAGAUGGAGGAGUUGAGGUCCGAGAUGCUGGAGAUGAGGGACAUGUACAUGGAAGACGAUGUCUACCAGCUGCAGGAUCUACGUCAACAGCUGGAGCAGGCAAAUAAGACCUGCCGCAUCCUGCAGUACCGGCUCAGGAAAGCAGAGCGGCGCUCUCUCCGUGUGGCCCAAACAGGGCAAGUGGAUGGAGAACUGAUACGGACACUGGAACAAGAUGUCAAAGUGGCCAAGGACGUGUCUAUCCGUCUCCACAGCCAGUUGGACAGCGGGGAGAAGAAGAGGAGUCGUCUGGAGAAGGAGAACGAGGAGCUGAGGGUCCGACUGCAGGACCUGGAGGUCGCCAAGCAGGUCCUGCAGCAGGAGAUAGACAAGAACUCCCAGAAGAAAAGAGGAGCACGACCCAACAACAAACCUGACAAGAAGCUCGGCCCACAGGAGGACAGUUCAGACCUGAAGUGUCAGCUCCACUUUGCCAAAGAGGAAUCAGCCCUGAUGUGCAAGAAGCUGACCAAGCUGGUGAAGGAUAGUGAGGCCAUGAAGGAGGAGCUGGCAAAGUACCGGUCGCUGUACGGAGACGUGGACGCCACGCUCACCGUGGAAGAGGUUGCUGACUCCCCCCACACCCGUGAGGCAGAGGUCCGAGUCCACCUGAAGCUGGUGGAGGAGGAGGCCAACCUGCUGAGUCGACGCAUCGUGGAGCUGGAGGUGGAGAACCGGGGGCUCAGAGCAGAGAUGGACGACAUGAAGAGCCCACAAGAUGGACAUCAAGACCUCUCUGGCGUCGGCUGUGGUCUAGGUGUGGGUCUUGGUCUCUCUGGAGGAACCAUGGUGCUCGGAGACGGGGCUGCUUCUGAGAACGUCAUGGAGCUCCAGAGACACCUCCAGUUUGUGGAGGAGGAGGCGGAGCUGCUGAGGAGGUCUCUGAUCGAGAUGGAGGAACAGAACAAGCUCCUGAUGAACGAGAUCAACCGCUACAAAUCCGAGCUACCGCCGCUGAUGUCCACGCUGUCGUCCAAUUCGCUGACGUCGCUGGCGGACGGGCUGCUCAACGACAGCCCGGUGCACACCAUACAGGAAGGGGCGGUGUUCAUCAGCACGGACGCCCCUGUCCAGGAGGAGGAGAUCAGAUUGGCAAGGCUUCAGAUCGGAGAGCUGGGCGGGAAGGUGAAGAAGCUGCAGUACGAAAACCGAGUGCUACUGUCCAACCUGCAGCGUUGUGAUCUGGCCUCCUACAACGGCCCUUCCUCCUCAUCCUCCUCCUCUUCGUUACGACUGGCUCUGGAGACUGACGCGGAGGCUGGCGACUCAGCGGAGUGCCUCCCCAUCAGCCCGCCCCACCGCAAAGAACCAGUAGGGGGCGAGAAUGACGCCCUUGAGCUCAAGGAGCGGAAAAAGAAGUUCGAGGACAGCGCUGACGCAACGGCCUCGCUUCCCAGGUGCCUGGGGCAGAAGGACCACGAUGCUUUGCUGGCCAUGAGGGACCAGGCUCGCUUGGUUUCCACGGCGAUACAGCUCCUGACCUCCCCCGAGUCCAACUGCCUCUCCACCUCGCCAUCCAUCUACCACAAGGUCUGCAGCAACGAGGCAGCGGAGCCGUGCGACCUAGAGAAACCUCCGCCUCACAGUCAGAUUUCUGAGUUGUCUGACCUGGCAGACCGGCCUCUGGUUGGCGCUCUGACCAGCAGGCUCCAGGCUCUGCACAACCAGCUACAAGCCUUUGUGGAGCGGGUUGACAGCCUGGGUAAACCCUCAGCAGGUGGGCGGGACCCUCAGGUGGAAGGAGCCUCUCCCCUGGCCUCACUGGUUUGCUCUAGAGAUGACCUGAACAGAAUUAAUACUCCCGAGGAGAAGCAGCCUGAUUACAGGGGCCAAUCAGAGACAGACGUUAAAGGUCAAACUGGAGAAAACAGCCAAUCAGAGAUUAACGAGGCACAAAAGCAGGAAAUCAGCCAGCUGGAGCAUGAGGAGAAGGAGAAAGAUGAUGAACUGCCCUCCGAGUCCAGCGACCUCCAGGCCCUGUCUGAAGCAGCGGAGUCAGCUCAGGGAGCUCAGGAGGAGCAGGAGAAGGAGAACCCGAGUCAGAAAGAAACCGUUAUCAAACUCACAAAGCUGCAGGAGGAGCACCAGAAGGCUCUGCUCCGUCGGGACUUCCAGCUGCAGAGUUUGGGUCUCCAGGCUCGGCUGCAGCAGAAGUUAUGGAGCCAGGAGAGGACUCUUCUGGUCCAGGAGUCUCAGCACCUCAAACAGGCCCUCCUACUUCUCAGCCUCAAACUACGCUGCUUCCUCAAACAGUGGCGACUUGGCUGCAAGAAGGACACAGAAUGGAAAGACAUCUUGGAGAUGAACAGCCUGAAGGAUCUCUACCUGCUGUUGGAGGAGGACAACCUCACAAGCCCCGCCCACCAGACUGAAAAACGAUCUGCUGCUGACGAACAGCCUCUCAGCCCAACUAUCAAGUCGAGUGCCGUGAGCAGUACUUUGGCAGACCUGAGGGUGGCGAUGCAGGAUCUGAGUGGUGAGCUGCGACAGGAGAUGCAAGGCUCCCAGGAACUCACCCAGCAGUUCGCAAAGGCCAAGGCAUCAUGGGAAGUAGAGAGGACAGAACUGCAGAGUCUCAUCACACAGCUCGAGACCAAAUCAGGUAAAGCUGCCGCCGUCUUGUCCUGCACCGACUCAAUGGAUCCUCCAGACCUGAAGGUGGCACUGAAGAGGGAGCGUGAAGAUCACCAGCACUUGCUGGCUGAGUCCUAUGCAGCUGUGAUGGAUCUAACUAAACAGCAUCAGAUCGGAGAGAGGAACUGGGGCAGAGAGAAGCUGGAGCUGCUGGAGAGGUUCAGUCAGGAGAGAGCUCAGUGGGAGCAGAGACUGAGAGAGGCCACUGCUCAGCAGGGGAAGUCAAAGCCAUCAGGUGGUGACUCCUCUGCAGACCUGGUCGUGGCUAACGGAGCAGUAUCACCAAGGACUAAAUCCACAUCUGAGCUGGACAGACAAGAGGUCAACCGAGAAGAGAAAACCCAGUUUAAUGUCCCCCAUCUUUUGAUUGGCCCAGAGCUAGUUGACCUUCCCAGGAAGAACUGGACCUACUUGACCAAUGAGACUCCAGAAGUCGGGGACACCUGUAAAACCUGGGAUGGUCCCAGCGGCUCCUGCAGCAGUCUGGUGGGAUCAGAGCUGGAUCUGGAGUGCGUCCAGAGGAGCUACACUGCUCCAGACCGCACCGGCAUCCGGAUCUACUACAGCCCUCCUGCCGUGCGACGCAUAGAGCAGCGGAGGAAUAACCAGGAGCUUCAGCGGGCGCAGAAUGGCAGCUCGUCCCUUCAGCCCAGGGGCUGGAAUGGGGAAACCCUUGAGGUUCAGCAACAGCAGCCUUCAUCCUCCUGCUUUUCAUCCUCGUACGAGCAGUGGCUGAGCUCGCUGUCCAAGCAGCACAGGGAGCUGCUGGAGAGCAGGAGCGGCUGCGUCACCGGGUCGAUCCCCAGCGUCAUCAACAACGGCAUCGGCAGCUCUGGUCACAGUGUGGUCGAUGGGAUCACGUCCUCUUCAGCGUUCCAUGGCCUGGAAAUUGGGGAGAUUUCAGCCAAUUUGAGUGAUGACAUGAAGGAGAUGACCAACUGUGUCCGACAGGCCAUACGCUCCACGUCUCUGGAGAGGAAAUCCAGCAAGGAACCCGGAAGUCAGCAGACGGCCGGCAUCUCCACCAGGUCCACGCAGACCUCUGCCCAGUACGUUAGUAUUGGGCUUCAAACCGACAUCCUUCCAAGCAGCAGGGGGGCGAGCUUCCACACUAAAGCCUGGUCCCCUCGGCCCUCGUCAACGGCCACAUCCUCGUUGGUGUCAGCCAGAACCCGGCAGAUAUCAACAUCUCUAGAUAAAGUUCACAGCCGCAUCGACAGGCCGUGCUGUUCGCCCAAGUAUGGAUCACCCAAACUCCAACGCAGAGUCUCCUCUGGCUCCACUUCCAGGCUGGAAGUGACUUCCUCCAGGGACCGCAGCCUGUGGAGCCUCCAGCAGAGACCCAUGAGUGGAGGCGGAAACGUAGGCGUAGGCGGAUGCGCAGGCGGCGGCGGCGGAGGCGGACGCUCAGCCUGGGCUCGCUCCACCACCACCAGGGACAGCCCCGUCCUCAACGGCCUCACCGAUGGCCUCUCCAGCCUCUUCAGCGUGGUGGAACACUCUGGAAGCACAGAGUCGCUGUGGAGGGGUGACGGAGGCAGCAGCCAGUGUGCCAGUCCAGCACGACCAUCUCCUGCCGCAGGAAAACCCUCUGCAGCGGUGGCCUGUGGAUCUGAACCCAGCACUCAGCGGUACAGUGGCCUGGUCCAGGAGUUCUUCAGGAGUGUCUGCAGCAGCCAAGACCAGGGAGGAGUCCUCCUGCCCGUGGAGAGAGCGCAAAAAGAAUCCCCGGGCGGACUCAGAGGUCUGAGUGUCCUGGGGGGUUUUGUCACCAUGGAUGAGCCCAAGCCAGAGUGCAUGUCAGCUGUGGUCGGAGGUCUCGCUAACGACAGUGUCACCAGGAUUGUUAAUAAGAGGUUUAUGAGACAAACGGUCGGGGAAGAGAUGGUCAAUAUCUUAGGAGGAGGGAAGGAACCAAUGAGCAACGCCGGAGCUGCAGGAGUAGGGACGGAGGAUGCACCCUGUGAAUGCGCCGCCCAGUCAUCCUGCCUUGCCCGACCAUCCAGAACAGCAGCUCGCCAUUCGCUGGGGCAGUGCAAGCACCGCUCACUAGAGUCUCUGGCGGCAACGGAGGAGAAGAAGGACGCCUGCAGCGACUGACGCCACUUCUACUGCCACAUGCAAAGACACGCAACACACAGGAAGACACGCAACCACAAACACACACACACACAGGCAAUACUGUUUCUUCACAAACACUGAACACCACUGCCAUAAAAACACAACCUUCACCAAAUGUACAUACACACCUACAACCUGCCACACAGGCGCACUGCCAGACACAACAUACACAGCUUGCACAGACUGCCCCACAAAGACACUGCCACACACACACACACACACACGUUCACGUACACAAACCUAGGUAACAUUGAAGUAGGAUAACAAGGACUGAAACCAACAGUUCGGAACAACACAAAAAUACCAGCAAGACACAAAACUAGACACACUCAUCAUCUUAACACACUUAAUAAAAAAAAAAUCUGAUCUCAACUGAUGAGUCUAACCAGUUAAACUACGAUGUCAGGACUGGACCUACACUCACCACCACUCCUCCACAAUGAUGGCACCAUGUUAGAGCAGAGAGAUAGGAUGCAGUCCCAGUGUGUUGCUGUGGGAACUAAAAAACAGAAGAGGAGACAUUGAUCAGAGCUGAAAAAACAUUUAACGUCCCGUUAGCAAAUCUGCAACCUCGUCACAUGCCCGCCUGCCGUGCUCGGGAAACACAGUUGUACCACUUAGAUUGUUCAGCACAAUAACAUCCCUGCGAGUGUCUUCUACGACGGGCCCUGAGGAUACAUCUGAUUCAGUUUGCAGAGCAGCGUCUCUCGUCAACUCGCAAAAAGGAAAAACUCUGCAGCGCCGUUGGAGUGAGUAUCCCAGCGUGACCACGGUUGGACUCCAUUGAAGGAUGUUCGGAAGGGUCAGCUUCUAAUGAGACCAUGAAACUCAUCUCGGACUGGACCUCCUACUAUUGUUGUUAAGUAGCAACAUCUGAAAUCCCUCCUGGCUCGUUUAGUUGCAACACUCCACUAAGUUCCCAAAAGGACGUCGGCAGCAAACACGGGGACACGUUGUGGCAUUGUAGCCACGUCUCGAACCUUGUUUUACCCUCCAGAGUCUGUAGGUGCAGCAGGUGGAAAAAGUGCCUGUCUGUUUCAUAUUUUUGAGAUAUUUCUCCACGGAUGUCAACGUUCCCCCACCAUCUGAUAAAGACUGACGUGGUGUACAGUCCUGCAGCACUGAUUGGGGACCAUUCCAUGCCAAUCUGCAUUUUUUUCUCCUCUUCUUGUACCAGUUUUUCUACAUGCUAGCAGAACCCAGACCAACACAGCAAAUGUACUCCAUUCAUCUCUGUUCUGUAGAAAAAAAGUUGAGAAAAUCAUGUGUGUCUUCACUGAAUCAUGCAAUUGUGACUUUUGGAAUCUGUGUCACAUAAUGAUAAAGAAAUGAUGAUACUGACCUGCUUCAUCAAUACAGCUCUAUCCUCUGUGCUCGAUAGGAUCAGAUGUGAUCUUUAGGAAGCAAACACAGAUUCUCAGUGUGUUCAAACUGCAUCAAGCAGACAGGAGAUAUAAGUCAAUGCAUUCCUUUUAUUACAGAGAACAUUCACAUUUCCUCAGUUCUGUAUGUUGUGUUUGCCCGUUCCGUUCUCAGCUUCCUCUUGUACCACUACGUCAUUCCUACAAGUCUUUUAGUUCCUCCUUUCUCUCCUCUCUGGAAUACAACUGUCAUUGUUUUUCAGUGCUACACAGAUGGUGAAGCUCCAGUAUGAUUAAUGUAGAGCUGUAACAACAUGAAAAGAUGCUUCGAGCUCUGAAUGUCCCACUGACAGUUAUUAAGUAAUCAUUUUACUAAAUUCUUAAUUUACUUAUUGAUUUUUCAAACUUUAGUGAAACAUGUUGUUUAACUAAAUUAAAAUUGUGUCUCCGUAAGUCAGUUGGAUAUCUGCACACUUAUUAUUUAUGUACAAAAACUACAAGUACUGUAAACUAAGAGGAUUUUUAUAAUGUUUUUUUUCUCCCAUCUGUUUGUUUGCGAUACCAUUCUCUUUCUAAUCAAUCCACCAAUAAUCAAAGUGCCUGUCAGACUGCCUGUUAGUCAGCUCACACCAAAACUGGACUCCAUAUGAAAAAGAAAACCAGCAGGCCUUUUUUCUUUAAAUGGGUAAGAUUGUUUUUGUGAACAUAACUACAGCAAAGUACUGUACCACAGUGGAGGAAGGACAAAAUGGUUUACAGGUAUAGAAGGGUAUAAGAGGUUUUCGUUUUAUACCAAGGAUUAUUGUAUUUCUGGAAGCUAAAUUAUUUUUGUUUGUUUUUGUUUUUUUAUAUGGAUGUUUUUAUGGAUUACUAGCCUGUUGUUUCUAUUGAGUUCUCAUGGUGCUACUUAGUGUAAAGUCUGCUGUGGGACGCUGCCUUUAACAAGGCAUCCACCAAUCGAUCCCCUCGUCUAUUUCAAUGUGUCUCCUCCAUGGUUUGCGUCGGAGCAGCAGUCGGGUGUCUCUGUCUCUGCGCACAGUUUGAUGACUCAGCAAUUUGAAAUAGGGCAUUACCGUAACAGUGCAUGUAUCUAAAAUAACACAGUGAGGAAAAGCCACAGUCUAAACACUGCUGUCUGCCUCCAGUCCAGCCCUCACGGCUGGUACAAAACCAACUGUAGGAAACCAGUCUGUGCUUCAGAAGCUACUGGCCCGAUUGCCACAUGAAUAGUUUUGUCUCAUUCCCGACCACAUUUAUACAACAGGUAGUUUUUAGCCAAGAAACCUGAGACCACAGGAAUAAUUUAACCUUGUUGAAAUGUUUUCGACUGUCCCAAAAAAAAGCACAGCUAAUAUAGUUGCGUCCACAUCUACUGCUCUACUUGUCAUGAUAUAGCCAUCUGUCAACGCUUUGUCGUAGUGUCACACAAUUAAAAAACACAUCUGUUGAUUUUAAAUACAUGUUACGUAUUUAACGUUAACAAUAGAAAGUGUGGAAAAGCUGAAAAUAGAUCAUUCCAUUGAUGUUUGUUUCAAGGAUACAAUUGUGUUUCUAGUCUUGAGUUUCAUCUUAAAUCCAACUCAUUUAAUCUGAAGAAUACUUAAGAUCGCUAACAAGCUAGCUGGUUCCCUCAGCUGGGCAGCUACAUCAAACUCAACGUGUGUUUUCUCUACUUGAAAAAAAAAUGUAACAAUGAUUUUCCAUCAGGAUCAAUGUUCUUUUAAAUAUGCAGUUAUACAGUGAAGUUCUGUAUCCAGAGGUCUGGCACGAUGUAUCAAACCGUAUAGUUCAUCCAUGACCACAGCAGCUCAAUGUCCAGUGUAACGAUCUUCAUUUGAACAUAUCAGCACAAUGAAAAGCUGCAAAAUCAGUCAAAUAGAAACCCAAGCCAAGAAGUUUGCCUCUAUUGAGAAAUAGGAGCCACUAAUGCUAUUUUAUGUUCACGCACAAAUUACAGUUCAUGCUGCACGUUAGCAGGACACUGAAAACUCAGCACCUCGCCGACAUGUUAUUAUAUUUGCCCAAAAUAGUUCAAACGCAUUAUUUGAAACUUUGUAAGGGAGAAUUAAGAAACACCUAAAAUAGUUUUCCCUUCAAUGUGGCCCUUUAGCUGCUGCCUGACAUCUUUGCCGAAAAAACUCUAAACGGAUCCUGAGAUGUUUACCCACAGUUCAGUUGACUCCAGUCUGGCUCAGGUUCAGUCUGCAGUGACCACAGUCCACUGAUGACUCAGUCGUCCCACAUUCUGCCACCACACACCGGAUUCAAUCAUCUGAGACCACAAAGGAACCUUUAUCACACACUAAUAUUAGGUUUGGCAACAAUUCUGCUAUUUGGAUAUAUUGCAAUUCUACAAAAUAAUAUUGCUAAAUACACUAUAGAAUCUAUCAUGAUGAAACCAACCUUCUUGGGCUCAAAAUUGUUCCUUUUAUUUUGAAAUCUGAACAUGAUGUCAAUAAUAAGUCUGAUGAGUUUAGAAUAGGAUUUUGAAAUCAAACCUUUGCCACGCCUGUAAAAAAAAAAGCACAAAUCUGAAACUAAUCAUACUUUUCAAACUUUUUACAUUCAGACACAUUGGCAUCAUUCACUCUAAAUAAAUAAAAUAAUGUAAUUUUUAUAUUUUAAUAGUCCGCAGUUUGAGGACAAAAAACAUUUGAUAUUUUAUAUGUAAUGAUUUAAUGUAAAGCUUUCUAAGUUGCCGAUGAUCCCACCUCACUGACCUAGAUGAAGUGAACCAGAUUCUGUUCUACCUCGUCCACUUAUGAAUAUACUCGGAGAUGCGUCAUUGAACAACACAGACUCAUGUAUAUUGUAAAUAUGAUGAAUCACCUGAACACAUCUGUCGCCUGUAAAUACCAGAGCUUCAGUGUCAUUGUCCUUUCGUCCUGUCAAUUUGAAGGUCACUUUAGUGCCUUUACGCUUCUGGACGACACAAUGCCAACCAGGUUCACUAAAACAAGAUUGUCGUCAUUUGUGGUCUUGCAGUAGGUGCAGACUGAAUUGUGUUUACAUUACUAUUAUUACCAUUAUUCUCAUUGUGACAGAUAAUCUGUGUCGCAAGUCACUAUCGGAUCUCAAAAGUACAGUUUGCCUAAGAGACUAGUUUUGCUUCACAUCUGUGUGACCAGACCUCCAAAUAGGUUCGAAAUUGACCAAUGUCGCAUUGGUCAAUCUUUUUUAAUAUUGAGUCAAGCAUAAUCUUAUGUUGUUAUGAUGUGAAUAUGAAGAUAUGAAACAAAAGACGAUUCCAGCACAUGUCAGGUUGUGGGGGAAAAAAAACUGCCACUGUCUUAUAUGGAGGACACAAACAAAAUACAGUAUGAAGUUCCGUGUUUUUAACCAAUUUGACCAUAAAAACAUUGGGAUUUAUGACUUUACACAGUAAUAAUGUUUUUUUUAAACUUUCCCACAAUGUUGGAUUUUUAUUGGAUCUCAGACCUACUGCAACCUGGACACAUUUUCUAUUAGAAUCUAAAAUGGCGCAAUCAGCAUACGACUCUUUCCGUCUGUGAUGUCGUUUAUCAGUCUUGUCUCCGCCUUUCCGGCUUCUCCACCUUCCUGCCAGGUGUCACGUUUGCUCCUCCCCCUCAGAUACAGAGUCACUGCAGCCGACAGACGAACAGGUCACUCAGCAUCACCAGCCAAUGACAGAUGUGCUCUCACAGGUCGCAACCACGAGUCUCUUUAUUCCCUUGUGUCUGUGACAUGAACCUCUUCCGCCUCUUUAACAUGUUUCCAUUACCGUUCAUAUGAUUGUUACAUUCUGGCAGUAUGUACAUGAAUUCCUUACUGUUCAUAAUGUUAUAGAUAAACUAUAACCUAGAGACAGCCUGUAUAUUCGCUUUAUAUAACGUACUCUUGUCCUUUUUUUUUGAAAUGCUUGACUCUUUAGUAAAAGGAGAAUGCAAUGACAGUUAUUAAAUAAAACGAGUGCACAGUAAGGAAAUGUGUCCCCCCCUUGCAUCACCACUUGAAAAGAGAGGAAAGGCUUGUACUCUCUCUGUCCUUUUUGUUUCGUUGAGAAAAAGCUGAAUAUCAACAGCAGGUCGCUGUGGAAGUAUGUAGCUCUCUGAUUUUACACACCACCUCCUCUGUACAUAGGUGCAUUUAGAAACCAAGGAAAUAUGGCAGGAAAUGUUGAAGACGUUCAAUGAGAACAUUUGAUCCAAGCAGAUUUUUAAACGGGUUGGGGGGAUUUUCUUCUUUUUUGCAACCAAUGUAGCUUGCAAAACACAAUAUUAUAAAUGCCUCCUGUUUGUCAUAGAAUUCACAAAUAAAUGUUUGUUGGAAUUUA